AUGACUACUGUCCACGACGAAGAGCAGAUUCUUAACGAUGUUGAGGAAGCCGAAGAGUCUUUUCUUGAAGUGUAUAUAAGAUUCAAUGCUGACUCCGAUAAGGACUACUGUUUCCAGUUGAAGCUGACAACAACUUUUAAAGAUCUUCUCAACAUCUUUAACAUGUUGCCACUUGCACUUCGUCCAUCUGUGUUUUACAAUAGGAUGCCACUUGGUUUCAAAGUCUCCACCUCGCCGGGUUAUUUGACGGAAGAUGGUAACUUUUUAUUCGAUGCAAACGCAGAAAAGAUUGUCAAGUCCGUGCCUCAAGACGAGGAAGUAUCCAAACACUGCUGGCCAGGCCAAUUAAUCUUGCCUAUUUGGGAGUUCAACUCUUUUGGAUAUUACGCCUUCGUGGCAUUUUUAUUAACCUGGCUUUAUACCGAUCUUCCAGACUUCAUUAGUCCCACACCUGGCAUUUGUUUGACAAAUCAAGUUGCGCAUGCAAUGAUUUGGGCUCUGAAAUACUUUGGUUACACCAAUUUGGCUGUGAAGCUUCAAAGAGAUCUUUUUGAAGAAUCAUCUGUCACCGCACAGUGCUUCUAUUUUGCUUUCCAUCUUUUCAAGUGCUUUGCGAUUUUUGUUUCUUUGUAUUUUGGUAUUUUCAACCCGAUCAAACUCUUCAGAUUAACUCCUGGCUCAGUUAAAUUGAAAAUCACCCGUGAGGAGUUAUUGAGUAUUGGAUGGACCGGCACAGCGAAGGCUGAUAUAAAUGACUACAGAGACUAUUAUCGUGAUUACAAGAUCAAAGAACAUGGUGGCAUGGUCAGCGCUCACAGGGCUGGUCUUUUCAGCAAAUUGGGAAACUUGGGUACGCAAUUAGGGGAAGGAGAAGGCUACAACACACCUAUCGAUCAAAAACUGACUCUCAAAGAUGACUUAGAGGGUUCUAAGUUGGUAUUGAACUAUGAGUAUUUCACUCAAUUGGGACUCACCUUUGCGAUGUAUAUCCAAGAUAAGGAGGGACAAGAGCUUGUCGAUUGCAUCAAACAAUACCGGCGGUAUGGUUUGUUGCACGCAAACAAAAAACUCAAGGACAUUGUGGCGCAUCGUAAACUGUUACAACCUCCCUCUGACAACGCUCAACUGAUUCUCGAAAAUGAAAGGUUGGAAAGAAAAGCAGCAACUCAAAGAUGGGCUCGAGGCGAAUUUGAUAAAAAGCCAAGCGACGAAGCCGCUAAUCCUGAUAAAAGCAUUGAGCUGGAAAAAGUUGAGUAG